GCCUUUAAACAGCUUGGAGGAUUGUAUCGCUGCUGGGUUUUUCCUGUGCGUUUGACUACCUCUUGUGUGUGUGUUCUCAGGGUGAGCCGUUCAGAGAUGUGAUGAGGAGGAUUCAGAGCAUGCUGGAAAUACAGGAGAAAGAGUUUGAAAAGUUCAAGUUUGCGAUAGUGAUGAUGGGCCGGCAUCAGCACAUCACUGAGGAUGAGUACGAGGUCAACCUGAAAGACUUCCAGCCACAGCCAGGUAACAUGUCCCACCCUCGACCCUGGUUAGGCCUGGACCACUUCAACAAAGCCCCGAAGAGAGGUCGCUAUACCUACCUGGAGAAAGCUAUCAAGAUCCACAACUGAGCAACCCUCCUCUUCCUCUCUCCUCUUCCUCAUCCCUCUUCUUCCUCUCUCCUCUUCCUCAUCCCUCCUCUUCCUCCUCUCUCUUCUUCCCCCUCUCUCUUCUUCCCCUCUCUCUUCUUCCUCCUCCCCCUCUCCUCUUCCUCCUCUCUCUCUUCCUCCUCCUUUACCCACCAUAACCACAGACUGUAACCAACGAAUUGUCUGUGCCCCACCUCUAACACCUUCCACAGACACACACCGUGAUGUCUCCUGUCACACGGAUCCAUCCAUCCAUCCAUUAGCAGGCUGCUGAUGAUGAUGAUGAAUACUAUACCACCCCUUCCACCCAAACCCCCUCUCCCCAUUCCUCCCCCCACCACCGCCCUUCUACUGUUUUUGAGGCUGUUAGGUUUUGGCUUCUCUAACUCCGACUGCCUAUUUUUGUCCGGAUGAAAGAAAUGAAAUUGGAAGAAAAGGACAGGAAGAUGAACUUUACUUUUUCCUGGUUUAUUUUGUUUUUGUUUUUAAUAAUAAGAGUUGUUUCAAAAUGUAAAGAGCGUUGCUGCGUAUAGUGGUGGGGGGGCAGAGAAAAGAGAUAGACGACAUCGUUAGCAGAAACCAAGAAGGAUGAUUUGGUCUUUUUAAAGAAGAGAACCAGUUGCAGAAGUGUUGAAGCUUGAGACUAGUAAUUCCUGAUGUGAUCCUCUUCAUAUCCCCCCUUCUCCUUUAGUCAACUAGUCAAACUGUUUCCAUCUUUAAAAAAAAAAAAAAAUCAGUUUUUGUCUUUUUUUCUGCAAUAUCUUCUUGUAUAAUAAAUUUAAAAUCCACAGCAACUGUUUAAAAUAAAUGUAAAAAGAGAAGAAGUGGUCUGUACUUUCAUCUCGCACGUUGCCACUCCAUAUCAAAGCCGUUUCUCAGGUCUGGUAAAUGGCAACUUUGGUCUUAUGAUUUUAACGUUGUCCUUCCUCUCCUCUUUUCCUGCCCUGUUAUGUUCUCUCCAUCCCUGAGGGUUUAGGUUGGGCUGUACCACCUCUGGGGUUUGUGUAGGGGGAGUUUGACUGAGGGUUUGUGAUGGGCUGUACCACCUCUGGUGUUUGUGUAGGGGGAGUUUGACUGAGGGUUUGUGAUGGGCUGUACCACCUCUGGGGUUUGUGUAGGGGGAGUUUGACUGAGGGUUUGUGAUGGGCUGUACCACCUCUGGUGUUUGUGUUGGGGGAGUUUGACUGUCUGUGAUGGGCUGUACCACCUCUGGUGUUUGUGAAGGGGGAGUUUGACUGAGGGUUUGUGCUGGGGGAGUUUGACUGAGGGUUUGUGAUGGGCUGUACCUCCUCUGGUGUUUGGGGAGUUUGACUGAGUAGCGCUGCUUUAGUAGGAAGCUUCGGCCAUUAGUGAGCCCUCUGGUUUCACCAUAUAUAUACACAGAACCAGUGUUACUAUAAUUAUUACUAGAACAACAAACACACUGACCUUUUUUCUUAAGCACAGAUGGAAUGCCCCCCGGCCCCCCUCCCUAAAA